AUGGAAGGACUGCGAGAAGAGGAUAGCCGAGGUGAAGUCGAGGACGACAGCCUGGAUCAGCUACAUCCGAGGGGGCAAGAUCAAAGAACAUCGCCGUCGGAACGCGGUGGGUCGGAUUCAAUGAUGAGUGUACGGCCUGGGACAGGACAUGUGACCGGUGAUCCAUUGAACGACAAGUGCACCACGUCUAUGUCAAAAAAAACGGACAUGGAUCCAUCACCUGUUGUGGAAGAUCAACCAGGCACAUCUGAUCUGGAUCUUACGUGGGACUCAGAUCAAGAUUAUGAUGAAUGCGUGUAUUACCAUGAAGGAAGCGAUUUAUACGCCGAAGAUGUCGAUGGUCAGAUGGCGGUGCUGCCAGAAGUCCCUGUGACGACGGAAGAUGUGAGGAUCGAAGAUAUUCAGCUAUGCGGAUCUGAUAACCAGACCCCAGAGGAAAUCGAGCGACUUCGCCAGAAGAUCUGGAAAUCCCGACAUUUCUUGAUCGGUAAGAGAAAUGCCCUUCCACCGGCAGCUAGAGGCGUGGUGUGCGAUAUCGAUGUCGGGGGAGCGAGACCCAUCGCCCUCAAGUGCCGUAAGUUGCGGAUCCAGUUCAGGGAGAAGCUGGCAGACCUGAUCAAGGGUCUAUUGUCCGCUAAGAUGAUCAACUAUUCCAGAUCACCAUGGGCUUCCCCCAUCGUGGUGAUCAUUAAGAAGAUGGGGUGGACAUCAGGCUAUCCAGACACAAGUGAUGGUAAACCCAAUGCCCUUGAUCAACGAUCUACUCGAAGAUCUGGAGUCGACGCUUUGGUACUGUUCUUUGGAUAUGGCAAGUGGAUUUUGGGUAGUGAAAAUGACGGAUCGCGCUCGUUUAAUCUCGGCUUUUAUCACUCCUAUUUGGGUUAUUUGAGUGGAAUCGAAUGCCUUUUGGCCUGA